ACCCCGGCCGCGCAGGACGCCGCGCGCAGCCCCGCCGGCCCGGCCCGGCCCUGCCCUGCCCUGCCCCGCGCGGGCGGCGCGAUGUGAGGUCCCGAGGGCCCGGCGUCCCCGGCCCGCCAGCUCCGCGCAGCGCCCGCGCCAGCAUGCGCUAGGAACCUGUUGUGGUGAUCGAAGGCGAGGACCAGCAGUCAGCUCAUCUCUGUGUCUCCCACACCAGAGCCUGGCACACACCCGUCCGCAGACGCCAGGCUCCAGGACGAGAUGGCAGCCAAGCAGCCCCCACCUCUCAUGAAGAAGCACAGCCAGACGGACCUCGUGAGCCGCCUGAAGACCCGCAAGAUCCUUGGCGUGGGCGGGGAGGAUGACGACGGGGAGGUGCACCGCUCCAAGAUCAGCCAGGUCUUGGGCAACGAAAUCAAGUUUGCUGUUCGGGAGCCCUUGGGGCUGAGGGUCUGGCAGUUUGCUUCUGCUGUGCUCUUCUCCGGCAUUGCCAUCAUGGCCCUCGCCUUCCCUGACCAGCUCUACGAUGCAGUCUUUGAUGGAGCCCAGGUGACCAGCAAGACCCCCAUCCGCCUCUACGGAGGUGCCCUCCUCAGCAUCUCCCUGAUUAUGUGGAACGCUCUCUACACGGCUGAGAAGGUUAUCAUCCGAUGGACUCUGCUCACUGAAGCCUGUUACUUUGGGGUCCAGUUCUUGGUGGUCACUGCCACGCUAGCCGAGACGGGCCUCGUGUCCUUGGGGAUCCUGCUGCUCCUGGCCAGCCGCCUCCUUUUUGUCGCCAUCAGCGUUUACUACUAUUACCAAGUCGGCCGGAAACCCAAGAAAGUCUAGCCACUCGCUGGGCCAGGGGCCCCUGUGGGGCAGGGAGGUCCCGGGGCCCCGGAUUCCCUCUGGCCCCUGGAAGGCAGGAAGGACCCUGCCCUGCGCCAGGCCUGCCCCAGGCAGGCGCGGCUGACCGCCUUCCUUUCCUCCUGGGCACCCCCAAAUGCUGUGAUCUCCUGGACUUUCGGGUUUGGGGAGGGACAGGGCCUUGGGACCUCUGUUCUUCACCUCACACAGUACCGCCUCCUUUUCUCGGGUCUCUUGGCCUCUGGAUCCCCUGGAUAGAUGCCUACGGAAGAGCUUGAGUCAUAGGGUCUUAGGCUAAGGCGAGGCUCCUGCUGCUUCUGCCAGGAGGCCCUUCUUUCGUUUGGGAGAGGUUGCACCGCCCCCCUGCCCUCCCUGCACCCCCACCCGAUCUAGUGCCCACACAGCUGAACGUGGCUUCCGUGUACACCUGGAAAACCUGAGAACUCGACCCCAGACUCCUCAGUGUGGGCCCUCCCCAGCUGCCGGAGCUGCCCCCUGCCCCUAAGCGCACAUCCUUGCCUUUCCCACGGCCUAGCCGCGGGGCUGACGGGGGGGAGGUUGUCUUUGAGCUGGCAACUCCCUUUGCAGCCUGUCUGUGAGGUGGGCCACCUGUAGCCAGAGCCUGGGCCCGGCCCCCAAGCCCGGCCACCACGGGCUGUUUCCCAGGGCCUUGCUUGAGGCUGCUCCGGCCCCUGGGGCUCCUCGGGUCCCUCCACUGGCCUGGGUCCAGAGGCCGCCAGCAGCCUCACCACAGGCUGGCCCUGGCAGUGAGCGCAGAAAGCACCCUAUGGAGGCCCCUGUGGGGUUUGAGAUGAGGAAGGAGAAACAGUGGCACUUCCUUGUCCCUUGUCCUUCAGGGUCUGCUGUCUGCUUGGCUCUGCUCCCUCGCCUACCCUCACCCUCUCCCUGGGGUGCAGCCCCCAAGACCUGGUGGGGUAGGACUGGGUGCCCUUCAAACUCAGCAGGAGAAAUAAAUAGAGAUAUUUCGGCAGGCUACUUCUCAUGUCCCCCACCGCGAGUGCCCUGGAGGAGGCGAAGAAGCGGCUCCCUCAGAGCUGCAGACCCCCUGCCUGUGCGCCCCCAUAGCUGUCCCUUCCCAGGCCCCUUCCUUCCAGGACACAAGUAGGCACACCUGGAGUGGUGGCCCUCCUGGGGACAGGCCUGGAGAAAGGCAGCCAGGCCGCACCCUCGAUUCUCGCCUAGGAGUAGUGUGGUCAGCGGGGCGAGACAGAUGGUCCUGAGGGAACCUUGCCCACAUGGGGCCGGCUGUCCCCACAGCCACAUGCUUGGUGCCUGGCAGAGCAGUGGUCUCGCUGCUGUUGCACAGCUGAGGGGAGAGGCCCAAUGGGUCGGGUGCCCACGGCUGUGCCGCUGGUGACCGGCUGAGCAGAAGGGAACCUGCUCACCAAGGAAAGGCUGGGCUCUGUCCUGACCCCCGACCCCUGCCUCUUCCGUCUGCGCCUCCCCCCAGAAUCCAGCUGCUUGCUGACAAGCCCUGGCCAGGUGGGGCACCCACCACUACCUUUGGGAGUUGGGGUUGGUGGCUGGCGUCCUGUCCAUCUGAUCCAGGCCUUUAAGGCCUGGCUCAUCCUCUGAUGGGUGAUGGGUGGUUUGUCCUAGUCACCGGUGGGCAUGGUGGGCUGGUGCCCCUGGGUGGCUGGCAGGGAAGUAGGAAGUGUGGGCUUAGCAGUCGGGCUCUGGGUGAGGCACUUGCUGGAGCCAAGCAGUCUCACCCCUGGCGGGAGUGGACUGGGGUGGGCUGGGCAGGUGGGAGGGCCGCCCGGCCUUGCCCCUUGGUGGUAGCGAGGGCCUGCUGGCAUGGCGCUGUCGUGACGUUCCGUGCUGCUUGCUCAGCCAUCGGAGGUGGGCCCAGAGGGAGGGGGCCUGGCAAGCAGACGUAGUCUGGGGAGCUGGCUGGGCUGGUGGGGAAUGAAGGCCACGAGCCAUUGCUGUGAAGGAGGCAGUGACAACAGGGAGGGGCACCCACAUGUCUCCCGAAGAAGGCCCAGCUCUCCAUCCUGAAGGUUUGGGAAGACUCCUCCCACCCUCUCCCCCGCCCAUCACCUUCUAUCCUCAUCCCCAGAGCCCAGCACCCUCUGCCCACUUCUCGCCUCAUCCCUGCACCCCCUCCACCCUCACCCCAAGCAAGACCACCUUUCUUCACAGUCACUAUUUAUUCUUUGUUCCUUCUUUUUGUAAGAAACAGUCACAAAAACCAGUGCAAAACCAUCA